UUAAAGCUCUCGAAGGCAAACGCUAUCGAGAAGCAGAUACCUUUAUAUAGUACCGUCACUUAUCAGUACAUAAUUGCACUAGAGGAAAUAUUACAAUUUUCAAACGGCUAGCAGUACUAUUAGCCCAUCGUUGUAAAAAGUGGCACGUGUGUGUCCCGAGAGCACUAAAUGGGCUAUACAUGUUAUAUAAUAGGUAUUAUGUAAUAUGUUCAUGGUCCUUUUAACUUGGGUAUGUUACUGUUUAUGUCAAAGUCAGGAAAAUAACAGGAAACUUUAGCACCCAAUAGAUGUUGUUUUGGUUAUGCAAUAUCGCGAGCGAGCACUAUCUGCUUCGUUGACCAAUCAGAAUACAUAAUUCGAUUCAUCUCAUCUGCUCACAAUAUUACAAGGUGGUAUCAAUGCCCAUUAACUUUGCCCUGAUAUUGUUCCAAUUAAUCAGCGUUUUAUCUUUUUUUUUUUUUGCUUAGUCAACUAUAACACGGCACCGAGACUUCAUGUUCAGUUGCUAAAAUCUUUACGAAAGGGCAACAUUGUCGUUAUUUCCUAUUUUAGAGAUGAUAAACUUGACUCAACAAAGGCAGCCCACAACAACGCAAGAUUUUUGCGAGGCAAAUGAACUCGAACACUUUCAUUACAUACUUCUUGCAUCAGUUAACAUUUUCCUUUCCGUCGCUGCAACUGUUGGGAAUUUCCUUAUUCUCCUCACUCUUCAUAAGGAGUCUUCGCUGCAUACUCCCUCCAAGCUCUUGUUUCGUUGCCUUGCAAUUACAGAUCUUUGUGUCGGUCUAAUAUCUCAUCCAAUGUUUGCCGCACUGUUGCUAUUCAAGACGUACGAACUGCGAACUUUGUGUUCCCCCUUCAACACGUGGGAAACUCUCCUCAGUGUAAUUUUCGGUGGAGUGUCUCUGUUGACUGUAGCAACUGUAAGUGUGGACAGACUUCUUGCGUUGAAGCUGGGCCUGCGAUAUAGACACACUGUAACACCCAGACGAGUUGGUUCAAUAUUGACCUGCUUUUGGGUUGUGGCUGUAGGAGUCGCUUUCGCAGAACGUAUUUGGAAUUUCGAAAUUUUCACCAACGUGAAGACUGCAGUAAUAGUGCUGUGUUUAAUGACUUCAUUUUUUUGUUACGCGAAGAUCUUCCGUCAUCUGCACCAUCAUCGAGUGCAAAUGGCAGCUCACUCCUGGCAGCCAAACGGGGAAGGAACUCCCUUAAACAUUGUUCGAUACCGUAAGUCAGUUUCUGCUGCACUGUGGAUCCAAAUAACAUUACUAACAUGUUAUCUUCCGAGAGCUUUCACUUACUCAUUUAGAUCAGCAGCUUUAGCUGGGGAGUUGUACACAGGGUCCCUUGUGCUCUUUAACUCGACUCUCAACCCGUUUCUUUACUGUUGGAAGAUGAGAGAAGUGAGACAAGCAGUGAAAAACACUGUCAAACGAUGCUGCUCGUGUAGUUAGUCAAAGCAGUUGUUGUGUGUGUCGCUGACAGCAGAGCAACAGUUGAAUGUUUUGCCUUACUUCACUCUGUGAUCGAUUCUAAAAACUUGCGCCACUCUUCAACCAAUCAGAUGCAAAAAUAAACCCACACGUGACUUGGACACCCGCGUUUUCCCGCGUUUAUGUCGUUUCUUGUUUGAGUUAUAAACAACUCCUUGAGGGAUUCGCCUCUGUUCCCUACACAC